AUGAGGAACCCUCAGAUCCUUGGGCUGUGGCCAGGAGGAAGCAAACCAGAAGAGCGGCUUGCACUCCUUGCUCAAGAGGCUGUGGAUGGUGCAAAGGUCAUUGCUGUCAUUAAGAAACUAAGGCUGGUUUAUUUUGAUAAGAUAAUUGACUAUGUAGACAAUGGACUUCAGCAAGGCAGCACUUACAGUGCUACAGGCAAAGCCAUUAAACUGGAGAACCGGGGGAUUAAUGCGAGCAUUGACAACUGCCCAGCAGACCUCAUGGAGAAGGCAGAUCCAAAGUGCUGCCUCUCCAACAUGGGCUGGUGGAUGCUCUCUGGUGACACCACGACCAUCCACAUUUGGCCCUGCUGCCACAUCCUGCUCCCUGUCGAGGUGCUCAGCCAUGACAUCCAUCACAUGCAGCCUAAGCAGUCCUUCUUAAAUUUUCUUUGGAAAGUCCAUUUCUUGAUGGAUUACAUCCUGCUGAUGUCUCUCCCGGCACGAAGACUUCCCCCUGCACCCUGCCAGGGAGUGUUUCAGCAGCCUGUGACAGCAGUCAGACACCCAUGGCCUGGCACUGACCCCUGCCUCCUCCCUGCCUCAGGGGUGACCUCGGUGCUGCUGGACCAGGGACACGGCAGAAGCUACAGGAAGAUGAUGUGCCUGCCUGCCUCCCCAACAGCGCUGGCAUUGAGGCUGGGGCUCGGGCUCUUCAUACUGCUCUGCCUUGGGAUAGGCCAAGCGCUGGAGAAGAAAGUAGUCCAAAGCAAAGUGGGGGAAAAGGCCAGCCUGCCUUGUUGUCAUGAAAUUCCCAGCUCAGAAAGCCUACACAAGUACCGGGUCUACUGGCAGAAGAACAUUACGGACGUGGUGCUGGCCUACUCAGAGGGGAAUAUGAUCUCCAAGCACGAGAGGUACCAGAACCGGACAGAGAUGGACCCCUGGAACCUCACCCUGUGGAUCUCCCCCAUGGAAAUCCUGGACAAUGGCUCUUACCAGUGUAUAGUUCAGCGUAAUUCCAUUGUUGUGUGUGACGAGUCUGUCAUCCUCUUUGUGACAGCUGACUUCAGCAAGCCUAACAUAACAGCAGAGGUGUCCUCUGAUUCCUGCGAGUCAACUGAGAUGGUGAUAACAUGUUCAUCUCACGGAGGGUUCCCCAAGCCCAAAAUCUCUGGAGCCCUCAACAACAUGUCCGUGGAGUGGAAUGCCAGCUGGGUGUCCGAGUCCAGCCUCAGCCCAUACAAUGUCACUGGAAAACUGGUGCUCAAUGUCACCAAAGAUGUCAACAUCACUUGCUCCAUUGAAUACAGUGGCUUUGCCAAGUCCACCAGUUUGCUUAUUGAAAAAACCAAUGACUGCGUUGCUCCUCCCGUGCCUCCACCUUAUAAUGUCAUUACUGCUUCAGUUAUCAUCAUCAUCACCUUCAUUCUGGCUACCACCCUGGCAGCAAGAUACCUCCCAAGGCAUGGCUGUUCUCACUGUUGUAAGCGCCAGGAUUCAAUGGAAGAGGCUGUGAAAGAAUAUACAAAGGCAUCCAUGAGUUCUAAAGUGACAGCUGAAACAUCAUCUGUAUGA